AUGGCUCCAUUUGCUGUCAGCUUCCCUCCUGUGGCCCAACUCACAGCAGCCCCCGAAGCGUACUAUUCGUCUGGCUUGCGUGCGCGUUUCCUCCUUGAUGCGGACCGGUCCGCAGUGAAAACCGAUGGCCAAGCAACCUAUGCCAAAAUAGGGUACGAAGUUGAUGAAAUAGCCUAUAGGAAUCGCGUCCAGGCUAGCCUCGCAGCGGGAAACUUGCCAACCGAAGUGCCUGCGGGUUGGCCCACCCAAAUGUCUGGCCCCUUAGUUUGGGACAGAGGGGAUUUCCAAGACGAAGCUGAAUAUGUAUAUUACUUGACCGACCAGGACAAGCUUGAGGUGUCCAAUGCCCUGGAGACCUUCAAAGAUUUUGGCCUUGGUGGCCACGAAGUCUCGCAGGCAACGUUUCCCCUUCCCUCGCUCGGCGAAAGACUCGCGAACGUACGUAACGAUGUGUAUGGGGGCCGUGGGUUUGCGGUUGUGCGUGGGUUAGACCCGGAUGCGUACACCAUGGAGGAUCUCACGGUGGUGUACCUGGGCAUAUCGAGCUACAUCGGCGAGCGACGUGGGAAGCAAGAUCAACGCGGUUCAAUGCUGAUGCAUGUCAUCAAGCGCGGUGACCAAGAGCGGGACGUCCAGUAUAGCGAGGAUAAGCCAUUCCACACCGACACCGUCACCGAUUGUUUGUGCUUGUUCACUCGAAGCCUGUCCGAAAAAGGUGGUCGAAGCAUUCUUGCAUCCGCCUGGACUGUGUACAAUGAAAUUGCAGCAACUCGACCGGAUAUCAUCCAUGUUUUGGCAGAGUCUAACUGGCCGUUUGACACAUUUGGUCGCAACCCUCCGUACUAUACGCGUCCAGUGCUUUUCUACCACGACGAUAAGCUCAUCACGUCUUUCUCACGCCGGUUGCUGGUCGGGCAUGUGCCAUUCGACAAGCGCAGUCCCGGGAUUCCUGGGCUCACCGAGGCGCAGGCCGAGGCCUUAGAUAUGAUCCACUUUGUCGCGCGCAAGCACGAAAUAAACCCUCGAAUAGAACGUGGCGAUCUCCGCUUCAUCAAUAACAUGGCUGUGCUGCACCGCCGUGAGGCCUUCGAGAAUAGCGCUGGGCAUGCGCGGCACCUCGUCCGAGUCUGGCUGAAUAACGAGCACAUGUGCUGGAAGCUACCCCGGGCCCUACAGCUCUCGUGGGCGCGUAUCUUCGAGGACAAUGAGCGAGAGGAGCACUGGGACCUCGAGCCUCCGCGCAAGGAUGGCAAGAUCUUGAGAGUUGCAGGAUCAUGUGAUUGA